AUGUACUGGAUUUUCGUAACUGGGCGAAGGUGUCGCCAGCCAGUGGCGCUAACGUGAACGCUUGCUACCGUUACUAACUGUUCUAAACACGUCUAGUUCACCUCCUUACAACCAUUGCAGGUGAAGCUGCAACCCCAUUGACUCGGCGUCUUUAGUUCCGUCUCGGUCAGAUCACCAAACGAUUACAAUAGCUACAACGCUAGUUGGCUAGCUAAGCUACCACACAGUGGAAGGAUGAGUCGAGCGACACUCAGCCGGCCAUCGGAUCUGCCGAUGCGAGUGCAAGACAGCAACAGGAUGAGCAUGGUGUACACGACGCCCCAGAGUAAACAGCCUUCGUUUGGAAAGCUCAACAUUCCCAAACCCCAAUCGGUGACUUCUGAGCGGCGCACCAGCUUCUUCGGUGCCCGGACUAGUGGAGCCAGCAUGCCUCGCAACAGCACCAUGUCAGGGUUCGGAGGAACGGAGAAGAUAAAAGACGCCAGACCUCUGCACGAUAAAUCUUACGUUCAGCAGUGUAUCAGGCAGCUGCAUGAGUUCUUAUCAGAGCAGGGUUACCCUGGCACUCUGUCGGCCAAGACUCUCCAGUCUCCCUCCACCAAGGAGUUUGUGAAGAUGUUUGAGUUUAUCUACCGCCAGCUAGACCCAACCUUCGAGAUGCCAAACUCAAAAGUUGAGGAGGAGGUUCCAGCUAUCCUGAAAGCUUUGAGGUAUCCGUUUGUCCUCUCCAAGUGUUCAAUGUAUUCUGUUGGAGCUCCUCAUACAUGGCCUCAGGCCCUGGGUGCUCUCAUGUGGCUGAUUGACAACGUCAAGAUCAACUGGAGUUUGAGUAAACAGGAGCUGCUGUUCAGCGACUUCUGUGAAGACAAUGACAAUAUCGAGGAAGGAGCUGAAUAUAACAAGCUUUUCGUGGAUUACACAGCUGAGACAUACUCCAAGUUCAUGCAGGGUGAUGACACAUUUGAGGAUGAGGAUGAAUCGUUCCUCACUAAACUAAAGAAGCUUUACAAUGUUGACGAAGUCCUGCUGACCUCGAUGGAGGAGAAGCACAGAAUACUCAGUGAUGAGGUUGAACGACUGGAGAAGGAGAGCCAGACGGACCGCCUAAUGACCAAGAGGAUGGAGAAGGUGAAGCUGCAGGCCGACCUCAAGAAACUCCAGAGUUAUCGCAGCAGCCUGGAGUCCUUUAAAGCCAACUUGGAAAACAAAGCGUCAGAAGUGACCGAUGAGCUGGAGACCACUGUCAGUCAUCUGGAGUCUCUAAAACACGAGCGGGAUGAGCUGCAGCGCCUGCUGCAGAAUCAGAAGUUUACUCCGGCUGAUGUGGAGAGGAUCAACAGAGAAAAGAAAGAACUCCAACAGACCAUCUCCAGUCUCAACAAGUCUCUUGAGGACGCUGAACAGCACAAGUGGAACGAAGAGAUCGCGCUGGCCAAAGUGAAAGAGAAGGCUGAGUUGAAGGUAGCGGAGUACCACAAGCUGGCACGUAAACUGAAGCUGAUACCAGUGUCUGCAGAGAACGCCUGUGGUCAUGAUUUUGAGAUCAAACCUUUUGAAUGUGGACCCAACAGCAUGGUUCAGCAUAAAACACAGAUACAGAUGCUCCUCAGAAAGCUGAUCAGCGAUGUGGAGGAGGAGAACGGUCGAUUAGCCAACAUGAACCUCAGUCUGGAGGAGUCUUGUGAACAGUUUAAUUCUAACAUCUUGGACAAGUCCAAUGAUCUAAAGCAGCUGAGGGAACAGAUUCGCAAGCUGGAUGAACGGUUGGAUUCUGACAUGCAGGAACUGGCCCAGGAGGAACAGGAUUGGGCAGUGGAGAUGGAGUCAGUGGAAAACCAUCGUAAACUUUUGGAGAAGAAAGUAAAUUAUGGUUACGAUGAAUCAGUGCAACAGCUGAAAGCAGCACAACAACAGUACCAUUUGGUGCUGCAGGAGACCAACGAGGAAAGGCGAACGGUGGCCAACAACCUGGCAUCUGUAUUUACCACAGCUGCUAACCACUUGUCAAUCACAGAGAAGUGCUUGGAGGAUCUGCACAGCAGAGUGCAGCGUGUCUGCUCUAAGGCCGUUGAAGAAGACACAGCUGCUGUACAGAAGAUGCAGGAAACCUUGAAGAGCUUCAAGUCCAAGGCAACCUGUUUGUAAAGAGAGACAGCAGGACGGCAGCCUCUGUGUGUGUGUGUGUGUGUGUGUGUGUGUGUGUGUGUGUGUGUGUGUGUGUGUGUGUGUGUGUGUGUGUGUGUGUGUGUGUGUGUGUGUGUGUGUGUGUGUGUGUGUGUGUGUGUGUGUGUGUGUGUGUGUGUGUGUGUGUGUCCAUCUCGGUAAAGAAGAAACAUUUAAUUCGAUUUUCCUUCAUGUGUUUUUAACAAGUUUCUCAAUAUUGUAUGACUCGUAGUAUUAGCGAAACAAAUUUACACCAGCAGUGUCUUUGCCGUCACAGAUACUUUGUAGUUGUGUUCUUUUAAGUUUGAACGGAUCUAAAGUUAAUAUGGUAUUCGCAGACUCCAGAUUUUCAGAUCUUCUAAUGUGUGUUAAGUGUCAUUAUCUAUCAACAUUUUUCAGUUCUGUUGUUGUUAAUAUUAAUAAACGCAUACAAAAUAAA